UUAGUUGAACAGUUCCUUAAGUCCACUUCAGAGUUGUUUUAUGAAGCCGAACAUGUUCUGCUCUACAGUAUGUUUCUAUAUCUGAAUACCUAUAUCUUGCUGUUCAAAAUAGCUAUGUUACUAAUGGAGAAGCUUUCAAGUGGAGAAUGGUGAAUGCCAGAAGCCCUGUGUGUCUCUAAACUCGAUAUAAAAAGGAAUAGACUUUUUUCAAGUGAAUGAAUUCGACGUUGCAUAUAUCAGAUUCGAAUUAUUCGAUUCAAUAGAGAUGGAAUUUUAUUUCUACGCAAAUGAAAUUUGACUGACAAUGAAAACUUCAAAAGUUUUGAAAAUGAUCAGGGUACCAGUUUAUUUGGUGUUAUAUUUUGCAAUGAUGCAUACUUUUGAAGCAGUCAUCAUAGAAUUGAACUCAGACAACUUCGAUACGGAAAUAUACAAGGUGAGAAUUGCUCUGGUAGUUUUCCAUGCUCCCUGGUGUGGACAAUGCAAGAAACUGAUGAAGAUACUGCCAGAUAUAGACAAAAAACUGCAGGAAUUUCCUGAACCAGUGGCUAUUUACACAGUUGACUGCGAAAACGAAGGUAAAGCCACCUGUGAUCAGUAUCAUAUAGGGGGUUUUCCCAUACUCAAGUCAUUCCUAAAUGGCAAAGAGUAUGGUAGAUUCGAAGAUAGCAGAGAAGUCUCCAACAUCGUGGAUUUCAUGAGGAUAGAAUCCUCGCCUGUGGCUACAAAAAUCCAGGAUUUCAUUGAGCUUGAGAGUCUGUUGAAAGGUGAGAAAAGGGUGUGCGUAGUAGCCAACCUCUUAGAAGGGUCCAACAUGGAAACCAUCUUCUUGGAAUUAGCUGAUAAGAUGAGGAGAAAGAUCUGCUUCUUGUACCGACCCAUCGAAGAAGGAGACCCUUGGAUCAAGGUCUACCGUCACCCUAAACUUUGGAACAAGCUGGAGGAUAAUUUCUCAGAAUAUACAGGCAAUGAAUCUGUCUCUUCUAUAGAGAAUUUCAUAUUGAAAAACUACCAUGGUCUGGUUGGCAUCAGGACUUACGCCAAUAGGAACGAAUUCAACUUUCCUUUAGUAACAGCCUAUUACGAUAUCGACUAUGAGAACAACCCUAAAUUGACCAACUACUGGAGGAACAGAAUCCUCAAAAUAGCUGCGAAAUACAAAAACAAGUUCAACUUCGCGAUCAGUUCUAAGAAUGAUUUUAACGAUGAACUCAGAGAGCUGGGUGUGGACUAUUCAUCUGAUAAACCAAUAGUUGUUGUGGUCUUGGAGACGAACGAAAAGUAUAUAUUGAGUGACAAUUUUUCUGUCGAUACUUUUGAUGUUUUCCUGCGUAACAUUGAACGUAAGACUCUGAACCCGUAUCUUAAAUCGCAGAAACCUCCUGAGAAGAACGACUCGUACGUAGUUACUGCUGUUGGUUCCACGUUCUAUGAUAUCGUGAUGAGGAGUCCAAAUGACACCAUGGUGAAAAUACAUGCUGAGUGGUGCGGUCACUGCAAGAAGGUACAACCGACCUACAAGAAGUUGGCUAAAUUGAUGCGGGAUGAAGCAAUCACCUUCGUUGAGAUAGACGGUACGGAAAAUGACGUUCCUGUAGCUUACACUCCAACUGGAUAUCCCACAAUCUACUGGUCUACCAAGAAUUAUCGUAUGAAUCCCAUUCUUUAUAAAGGAGAUCGCACGAUAGAGGACUUCAUCAGGUUUAUCGCUAAGCAUUCUUCGUCUGAACUCAAGAAUUACGACAGGGAUGGCAAUCUGAGAUCGGUGAAGACUGAGCUUUAAUAAUUCAAUCAGUCCUCUGGAUUGCCUAGUUUAAUAUGUCUAUAAGGCGAAAUGAAAAGGAAGUGAGCUGGUUAAUAGUAUUUUUGUAAUAAAUGUUGUAGAAUGAACGAAAA